CACGCCACCGACACCCGCACUCUGCUCCUGCACUGCACCAGCUUUUCUCCGCCAUGGCCACCACCAACGGCGUGCCCUCCCGCCGCCGGCCGCACGUCCUCGUCAUCCCCUUGCCGUCGCGGGGCCACCUCCUGCCUCUCCUCGACUUCGCGCACCGCCUGUCCACCCGCCACGGCGUCCCCCUCACCGUCGCCGUCACCUCCUCCAACCUCCCGCUCAUCUCCGCCUUCCUCGCAUCAACCCCCCUCGCCGCUGCCCUCCCAAUUGAGUUCCCGGACGCCUCCUCCCCGGAGCAUUCCAGCCACCGGCCGCCACCGGGAAGCCACCACGCGCUCCUCGCCAUCCACCUCCCCGGCUUCCGCGAGCCGCUCCUCUCCUGGGCGCGGUCUCACCCAGAUCCUCCCACGGUCGUCAUCUCCGACUUCUUCCUCGGAUGGGCGCAGCACCUCGCCGACGACCUCCGUGUUCCGCGGAUCGUGUUCUACGCCAGCGGCGCGUUCGCCGUCGCCGCGCUCGAGCACCUCUGGAAGGGUGUACUGCCGCUGGAUCCCAACAGCUCACCGGUCGUCGUUCUUGACUCUCUCCCUGGGUCCCCGGCUUUCCCUUACGAUCACGUGCCGUCGGUGGUGAAGAAAUACGUCGCCGGCGAUCCGGACUGGGAGUUCGUGCGGGAAGGCUUCCGGCUCAACGCCACAGCCUGGGGAGCGGCGGUGAACACGUUUGACGAGAUGGAGAGUGAGUUCUUGGAGUGCCUGAAACGGUUCUUUGGCCACAGCCGCGUCUGGGCGGUCGGCCCGGUCGCCGACUCCGGCUGCCGCCGAGCGGAGAGGUCGCCGGAAGCAGAGCAGCUAUUCUCCUGGCUCGACGCGUGUCCCCCGCGUUCGGUGGUCUACGUCUGCUUCGGGACCAUGUACAAGCCGCCUCCGGCCCAGACGGCGGCGCUGGGCGCCGCGCUGGAGGCGAGCGGCGCGCGGUUCAUCUGGGCGGUGGGAGCGGGCGUCGCCGUGCUGCCGGAGGGGCUGGAGGAGAGGACGGCCGAGCGUGGCCGCGUCGUGCGCGGCUGGGCGCCGCAGGUGGACAUCCUCCGGCACCCCGCCGCGGGCGCGUUCCUCACGCACUGCGGCUGGAACUCCACCCUGGAGGGCGUCGCCGCCGGGGUGGUGCUGCUCGCGUGGCCGAUGAUGGCCGACCAGUUCAUCGACGCGCGGCUCGUGGUCGACCUGCACGGCGCCGCGGUGCAAGCCGCGGAGGGCGCGGCCGCCGUGCCCGACCCGGGGACGCUCGCGCGCGUGUUCGCGGACGCCGUGGACGGGACGAAGUGGGCGGACGUGAGAGCCAAGGCUAGCGCGCUCGCCGCGGCCGCCGCCGAGGCCUCGGAGGAAGGCGGCAGCUCGUGGGUCGCCUUGGACGGCAUGGUGAAGGAACUGGAGACUGCAUAUGCAUCUCCCCUUCCGAUUGAUCAUCGGUGAAAUUCGCGCCAUUGCGGCGUUCUCGCGCCAUUCCGUGAGAGCGCGUGUCGCUGUCACUGUCAGAGUCAGACUGCAUGGCACGGCAGAUCAUGGCAGAGUCUGAUCGCGUACUGCAUCUCCACGUUUGCUUGUCUUUGAGGUGUUCCGCUGGCCUGACGAACAAGUAAUUCUUGGUGUACGCUUAUUGCCGAAAAUGCUGGUAGUAUAACUGAUUUAUUAUUUUUCUUUUACCUGAGAAUUGCAUUCGUAAUUAUUUUGCUCAAGCCUGUCAGUUUCCGGUCAAAAAAUAUUAGGAGAGGCCGAACGAAAGAGAAUUGUUUCUAGCAUUUCCUUCUCUUCAUUAAUACUAGAAAUUUUGU